GGGCCACAGAAACGAAUCGUGCGCGCCCAUGAGUUGAACCAGCGAGACGCCGGACAGAACCACUACACAAAUCCCAGCCCCAGAGCAACCCAACUGUGAUAAUUAAAAGCUAGACAAGAACAAAACUCAACUUACAAGAUGUCUGCUGCCAAUAAAGUGAACCACUUGGUGGGCGCCACCACCCGCUACAUUGCCGGCAGGAAUGCCGUACAGACGGUCUACUGGAGGACCUCCGCUGGACCCAAUCCCAGGAUGGUGAAGACCAACAAGUUCUGCGAGUUCGAUCGCAGCCAGAAGGCGCCCCAGAGUGUCCGGCUGCAGAAGUACAAUCGCAGCUUCCUCCGGGAUUGAGCAGACAUCCAAAGUACUCCAGUUUCCGCCCUAAUGACAAGUUCCUAAUGUAGUUCUCCUCUUUUUUUUUUGCGUGCACUUUGUAUUUAUUGUGUAUAGUAUUUUGAAAGGCGAUAUAUGUAGGGUUAAUCGAAUCCAAAACGAAGCCAGCGCUUCGAUCUGUCAUGUACCUUGGCAUUAAAAAUAAUAACAAAGAUUAAAAAAUAAAUGCAAAUGCUUUCUAGCGCGUAGUAUUUACACGAA